AUGUACGUCAAACGAGACAAGGUUGUCGCACAGCUGAAGGAGUCAGCCAGCGUUUCCGGGACUCUACGCGAUCUCCUUCCGCUCUUGCACGCCGACGAGAUGGAGGUCAAUUCGCGGUGGAAUGGGCUGUGCGAUCGCAGCACCCACUUCAAGGCUGCUGGUGAGCUUUUGCUCAGCAGCUUCCAACACCGCGCAGCCCUUAAUGGCUGUAAUGAGCUGGCGUGGGUAGCCCACUUCCUUGGAACGCUGAGCCUCGGUGGCCACUUUCCAGACUUAAGCCGGUUCACAAUGGACGGGUACAGAACCAGUCCUUUUAGCCUUGUGACAGGUGGCUCACUCAUUUUCCACAAACACAGAGAUGCGGCACUCCAAGGAGCACGAGCCAUCCCCCAAAAAACAACAAAAACUGAUGAAGACAACUGGGUGCGACCGGUCCUGUCCGUCGGCAUAUGUGCAUCUGGCUCCAAAUGGGACACGCUACGCGCUGGAAAGGCGAUUCUCCCGCUUGACAUUGUGGAGUGCAAGCGGAACCAAGUGGAUUCUGAGGAAGGGUAUCGUUUGCUCUACGCUGCAAUCGUGUGUGCUUUCUACCAGCUCGAUCUCCUCGAUGCUCUACCGGGCGAGGGACCCCUCUUCUCCGCCGCCAUUCCUCUCACACUAGCUACGCGGAUGAACGGAACUGAUUUCCGCAUGGCCUGCGUCUGGCACGUCCGGGGACGAGGCCUUCACGUCGGAGUGCUGUUCGACCGGCUGAUCGACAACGUGACCGACCUGAAGCGGUGCUUUCUGCUUCGCCACGAGGCCAUCAACGUAGCCAUCAGGUUCGGCACCAUGGUGGAAAACUUCAAUCUCCACGAUCUGCGAGGCCCACGCGUCGAUGUCUGGUGGAGUCGGUUCUGCACCUGCGAGAAAAAGGAUGACGGCAAGCAUUACGUGCUCUGUUCCGAGUGCCAGAACUGGUUUCAUCCCAAGUGCGUUGGUCUCGACAUCACCCAGAUCCCCCAUGGUUCCAUGCCCUGGUACUGCCCGAAGCAUAAGCCCUCCAAGCUCGAGCUCCCGAAGGCCAAAGCCGAGCCAAAGGAAGAUCGCGGACCCCGCGACGGAGCCGGCGGACAAACGACCUCUACUUCGUCGAUGCUGAAGCCAAUCCGUCAGCUUUUCAAGAACUCCACGACCAAGGUUUGGCUGUGCCACAGAUCGACCACGGACGGGCACGAGGAGGUCGUUGUGAAGCUGGUCGAGUCGAGGCAACACGCAAGUGAGGAAGCGCGUGUGCUCGGACAACUUCGCCGUGUGCCGCACGUGGCGCAGCUUCUAGAGGUGAUCGACUGCAGCCUGCCUGACAGCACUGUCUGUUCGGGCCUCGUGAUGCCCUACUACCGCCUUUCCACCGCCGACGCUAAUGGCAUACACGAGCGCGGGAUUAUCCACCGUGACAUCUCUCAUGCCAACGUGGUGUUCACCACCGCCGCACGAGACCCCUCCGUGGCUGGAGGAGAACACGGCACAAUUAUCCUCGACUUUGACCUGGCCACGGACGAAGACGCGGUGCGCGGAACCUGCCAAGAGCCGUGGGGAACGAAAGGCUACUUAGCGCCCGAGACGCUCCAGUUCGGCGAGGUCAGCUGCAAGAGCGACAUGUGGAGCGCUGGCGCUCUUCUGGCGUUUCAGAUGCUUGGGGUGUGGCCAAGGAGUGACACGGAGACCCAGACCGUGGCGCGAAUGAGCCUCGCCGAAGUCAAGGCGUGGGUGCAGCAGCUGGACCCUGCCAGAUGGUGGUGCAAAGCGGUUCCAACGCCCUACCUGACCGUGGGGCGCUGGACGUUGGUGCGGGGCAUGCUGACCGUCGACCCGGAGGCUCGCCUCGACGCGGGCUCCGCCCUCCACCACUUCGACGCCUGCUGGUCUACCGCCAGAGCCACCCCCACCAGGCAGUCAACCUCGCCUGUGCCCCAGCACCUCGCCAAGUGA